AUUAGAUCCCGGAAGUCGAGGGUCUGUCUGUUUGCUGCUGACACGCCCCACUAUCACUUGGCUAGAUUAGUAUAAUGUUAUCGCUUUCCACGUCGUCGUCGUUACUGCUAUGGGCCCGCCGUCAGACGACACGGUGCUGAGAAAGGGAGAAAACAAAGCUGCAAACACCUCAAGACCUCAGGUUUAACCUCAAGUGGGUGCAGUUUAUCACACGAUGUUGGUGACAGCAUAUCUUGCCAUCAUUUUCCUGCUUGCCCUGUGUGUUGCCCUCGAGCUCACUGCACGCCGCCUCACCCCACCUCAACCUACUCCUACUGCUGUAGCCAACCCAGCCUUCCGUCGCUUCCAGAAAAUAUUCCUCCGCGCCUACCUUUUGGCUUUGUGGGCAGACUGGCUCCAGGGACCUUACCUCUACAAACUUUACCGCCACUACAGCUUCCUGGAAUCCCAAAUAGCCAUCUUAUAUGUGUGUGGCCUGGCUUCCUGUGUUCUGUUUGCUCCUGUUUCAGGCUGGCUCCCUCAAGCCUUGGGCCGCAGAAAGACAUGUCUUCUCUUCUGCCUGUCCUACUCUGCUUGUUGUCUCACCAAGUUGUCCAGAGACUACUUCAUUCUGAUUGUGGGCCGUGUCCUGGGGGGUCUGUCCACAUCCCUGCUGGCCACAACAUUCGAAGCCUGGUACGUGCACCGACAUGUAGACAUCCAUGAUUUUCCCAAGGAGUGGAUCCCCAGCACUUUCACCAAAGCGGCUACUUGGAACCAUGGACUCGCUGUUGGAGCAGGGCUGGCAGCUAACUUGCUGGCAGAGUGGCUGCACCUGGGGCCGGUGGCUCCCUUUCUUCUGGCCGUCCCCUGCCUGAUGUGUUGUGGCUGGGUGGUGCUGACAGCCUGGGGCAAGGAAGAGGCUGAAGGAGGUCAUGAGGGGGACAAACAGACACUGCUUGGCACUUCAAAUGGAGGUGUUACCCAUUUGUCUGCCAAGGCCCGGUUCUCACGCAGCUUCCACGAGGGGCUGCGCUGCCUGCUUUCAGACAGGAGAGUCAUGCUCUUGGGUGGAGUGCAGGCUCUGUUUGAAAGUGUCCUCUACAUUUUUGUUUUCCUCUGGACUCCAGUGCUGGACCCUCAUGGGCCCCCUUUAGGAAUUGUGUUCUCUUGCCUGAUGGCUGCCAGCAUGGCUGGCUCCUCGCUGUACCGCCUAGCCACCUCUACUCGCUACCGUCUACAGCCCGGCCACGUGGUCUGCUUGGCUGUGCUGAUGGCUUUCUUCUCUUUCUUCAUGCUGACCUUUUCCACUGCCCCAGGCCAGCCGAGACCUAAUGAAUCCUUUCUGGCCUUCCUGCUGCUGGAGCUGGCCUCUGGCCUCUACUUCCCAGCAGUGAGUUUUCUCCAGGGCAGGGUUAUCCCAGAGGAGAAGCGGGCCGGUGUGCUGGCCUGGUUCCGGCUGCCACUGCACCUGCUGGCCUGCUUAGGACUGCUGGCCCUCCACGGGGAGGUAUCAGGAACAGGUGGAGGGGAAGGUGGCAGCGGCACCAGACACAUGUUUGGAGGCUGUGCCGUCAUGAUGCUGGCAGCUUUGAUGGCUGUCGUUAGUUUGUUCACCCUGGGCAAAAACGACACAGACCUUAGACUGGAGGGAACCAGAGGGGAGGGGGAGAUGUACUGAAAGGAUACCAUAUGUCCAUGUAUGCUUUACUGGUUACAACAGUUUUGUAUGACUGACUGUAUAAAGCUUAUUAUGAGUGUGACUCAUGAUUUCUACAUCUUGCCAAAUUUCGGGGGGGAUUAAAAUUCUAUUAAAUGUCCAUUUUUAUAUGUUUACCUUGUUACUACUUUUUGGGAGAGUCUUAUCAAUCACGUCUUUAUAGAGAUGUUUUGGGAAUAUGUCCAUAUCAACCUUUAUUUGUCAAGUAAAUUGCUGGAAACUUUACCAUAUAUGUCAAACAUCCGUCAUACCAUUAAUUGUUCCAUGUAACAUGCAUUGCCUCAAUGUGUCCAUCUAUAGGGGGAUGGGAUGAUGUGUUUGACAGGAUACAGUAUAAAUAAUUUAAAGUUAUUGGGAUCCGUAUAAUUUACACAUGAUGAAUAUCCAAAUAAAUAUGGUCAUGGCUACCAUUUAGACAAGUA